CGAAACCACGCUAUUCCGAAUUCUUUUCUUCCGGUUUCAUUCGCCAUAAUCAUGGCUGCAGUCAAAGUAAAGGCCAAGGAGCUCAGGGGCAAGAAGAAGGAAGAUCUUCAGAAGCAGCUCAUAGACCUGAAAACUGAAUUGGCAACAUUAAGAGUGUCAAAGGUCACUGGUGGUGCAGCUUCCAAACUUUCCAAAAUCCGUGUGGUGAGGAAGUCCAUUGCCCGCGUUUUCACUGUGAUCCACCAGACACAGAAAGAGAACCUGCGUAAAUACUACAGAAACAAACCUUACAAGCCCAAGGACCUCCGGCCCAAGAAGACACGUGCUCUGAGACGAGCCCUUACUCCUCACCAGCGAUCACUCAAGACCGCGAAACAAUUGAGGAAGGAGCGUCUCUAUCCCAUGAGAAAAUUUGCUGUUAAAGCUUAAAUGUGUCUAAAUAAAUAAGAAACAAAA